GUUUACAUUAUCACAAUUCGAAAAUUCUCUAUUUGUAUACCUUUAUGCCCAUGAUCUUUCAAUUUUCAAUUAGAUGUACAUUUAUUACUGUAACAAAGACUUCUUUGUCUAGCCGAAUGUGUAUCGUUCGAUUCUAUAGAAAUGAAUAAUUAUUGAAAAGACUAAUUCUAACUGGAGUAUAAAUUUCACCUUUUUUUCAAGUGUAAAUUUAUUAAUACGUCUAAAAAGUGCUUUUUAAGGCUGACAAAUUAUGACGUCUGUAAACCGUAAGUCAACAUUAACCGAUUUAGCGGGUAAAAGUUGGGCUGAUCUCUGCGAAAGUUCGCAAUCAUCACAAUCACAAUUGGAGUCAAAUAAAGAAAAAAAUAUUGCUAAACAAGAAGAUAGUGAUUUGUACGAUCUAAUUUUUCAACCAAUUAAAAAAGAAACUGACAAAGUUGCUUCUCAAGAUGACCUUAGUUUAACCUCGUUUAUGAAUAAUGUUCAUAUGGUGACACCUAUCAAACAAGAAGACAUUAAAUCAUCAUCAUCAACUAUUAUUGAUGAAGAAACAAUUUGUAGUCCUUUUGUUAAAGAUGAAAUAGAAGUUAAAUUAAUAGAAAAUCUAGUUAAAAAACCAGAAGUUUCUAGUCAACUAAAUGGAAUCCAACAUGCUAAAAGAAGAUUAACUUCAGAGUGUGGUUCACUAGCUUCUGAAACUGAGUCUAUUGCAACUGAAAGAGUAAAAAAAGUUAAUAAACUAUCUAUUGAUCAAAAGGAUAUACACGAUGUAGAAAGCCCUAAGACAAGAUUGGAGCGAGAGACUGAUACAAUGAUUUUAGCUAGAAGACAAAAACAGAUUGACUUUGGUAAAAAUACAAUUGGUUAUGAAAGAUACUUGGAAGAAAUUCCUAAGCAUAAACGUAAAAAAGAACAUCCUAAAACUCCACCUAAGAAUUUGAAAUACACUCGGCGAGCAUGGGAUGGACUAAUAAAAAAUUGGCGUGUCAGGUUACAUUGUUGGGAUCCAGAUAGUAAAACCAAUGAUGAUGAUGCAUUAACUACUGGAUCUAGUUCAAAUUUAUGCUCCCUUGGAUCAAUGACCAGCUUAGAUUCAAAUUCUCAAGCGUCUGAUUCUAGACCUUCUUCUCCUCAAUCAGAUAAUUUAGAUCAAACAGCAAUAAAGCGUGAGAAAUGUAAUGCUUUUUCAUCUCCAGACCCUGUUAAAUUUAAAAAAGCCAAAACUGAACACAAAUAAAUAAUUGAACUAAAUGUAAUUAUUUAAAAUAUUUUAUUUGACCACUUAUUAGAAUUUUCAUAACAAAUAUAUUUUGUAGUA